UGCUCAAUGCUCAAUUCUCAAUGCUCAAUUCUCAAUUCUCACUGCUCAAUUCUCACAGCUCGAUUCUCAAUGCUCAAUUCUCAAUGCUCAAUGCUCAAUUCUCAAUUCUCACUGCUCAAUUCUCACAGCUCGAUUCUCAAUGCUCAAUGCUCAAGUAA